AUGGUCGUCCAUGAAAAGUGGGAUUACCUGGUCACGGCGAGCUCACAAGACUACCACGUCGCACUGAGCAAGUAUUGGGCGCACGAGAUGUGGUCGAGGGUCUUUGACAUUGAGGAGACUGCCGUGGUUCACUCGUAUACGUACGAGCCGUUGGCGCUCCGGCUCGUCAUGUUCGAGCAGCUGCGAGUCGCGUUUGGCGUUGAUAUCUAUUGA